AUGGCGCAAUCCCUAGAACUGGCAAUUACGGUACACGAAGACCGAGAGCUGAUAUGGAUUUAUCUCAGUGAUUGGAUUCUUGCGUGUAUCCUUGGGUGGUUCCUAUUAUUUUACUUCGAUCGAUAUGUGGGGUUGUUCAUCCUGUGGCUUUGUAAGUUGGUGCUCUGGAGGUACUACAAAACCCGGGUCAACGUUGAACUGUUCAAGAUAUCCUUCUUAGCUGGGCGUAUGUUUGCUAAGAACGUAACCAUCAUUAAUGGAGACAGACUGAUAUCCCUAUUGAAUAUCAACAUCACGUGGCGGUAUUGGCUUUUCCGACGAACACGAGUCCUGUCAUACAUAAUGGGAUCAACGAUCGAUGGCGAAUCUCCUGAUGCUAAAGCAGCUCAGGAGAAUGAAUCGUUACCUACUAGAUUCAUGAUCAUGGUCGACGGCCUUGAAGUUUUCUGGUAUAAUUGCAAAUAUGCCUAUGAUGAUAUUGCUGAAAAGCUUCAAAGAGGAGUGAACGGUGAUGCAAAUACGAAUCUGGCCCAGUCAUCUCUGGUCGAUAGCGAGAAGCGAAGCUCCAGCGAUACCGAGGUUCGGCUGCGACGGCAACUCUCGAAGGAGAAAAUUGAGUUUGAUCUGUCUGCAAUCAAGUACAAUCAAACUACUCUCAGAGUUCUCUUAAAGAUAUUUCCUGUUGGUCUAAUCAUCAAACGAGGUGCCAUCGUUAUUGGUAACCCCACUGUUCCUACUUUGAUGUGCGUUACGUAUAAGCAAGCUGCGGGCAUAUUAGACAUUGCUCAAGCACGAAGUCGACUCGAUCCCUAUCGAAUGCUAAACAAUUUUAACUUUGACAAAUUGCAAUUAACAUUCAAAGCCAAUAUUGGCUUCGACAAGGACAGGUUCGGCGGAAGUGAUGGCGAUCGCCCCACAAAACCGCCAGCAAACAUUUACCUAAGCCAAUUUCAGCGAGCGCUUAACAAAUUUGACUUGUUGUUACUGAAGUUGGAUAAGAGUCGAAAGAAAAAAGCUGCACCUCUGAUUGAGUUUCCACAAACACACCAAUGGCGAGGUCUUCAUCGAUACUUGGAUGGCCUGGAUGACGUCUUCGUGAUUGAUGAUGAAGAGUACGCUAAAGUUCUGACAGUGUUAGACACGACUAGUGCUCGGCUUAGUUACUAUUACGAUUUUUGUGGACAUCAGACGGGGAAUAGGGACUGGGAUGAUCCAUUGCCUGAGCAUGCUGUUGAAAUAGAGGUUCUGGGAGCCAUUAUACAAUACGGGGCUUGGGCAGAUAAGCAAAGGAUUCCGCUCCAAAGAAUGUUUUUUCCAGUUUUGGCGCGGGAUCUGCCUCCUGUACCAGUCAAGUGGAGCGCUGGCGCUCGCAGACAAUUCCCUGGAUUUACUGCUUCCCUACAAGUUAAAGAUGAGUUAGUGUUGCGCAUACCAACUAGAGAGCCGAAUAAGGACAAAGAACGUCUUCAUAAGGGACAUGCGCUGCAGGCUGACCCCGAUCAGAAUAUGCGUCCUUUUGGUUGGCUAGAAUUAAAGAUGGGUCCAACACUGAACUUCGGUUCUUACACGCUGUUUGUACUGCAAAAUGGCAGCUUUCCGCAUCGCCUAGAUGGUUAUUUUUGUGAGUUAGAGGUGAGGCUGAGUGUGAAUCACGAUAUUUUGUUCAUGGCAGACUCACACGAAUUGAACGCACUGGUGGGGUUUCCUUUGGCUUGGAAUGGAGCAUGUGAUUGGACAUAUUCAAAUGUACUGAUGGGCGCCGAGUUGUAUUUGUUGCGUGAGCAUGUGUUUUUGAUGGCUGAUAUAUUUCUGGAUUUUGCUCUGGGUGAUCCUACUCCAUAUGAGUUCUUACGUGAGUUCACCUACCGGUUUGAUUGGAAAAUGUUGAACUAUCAGCUUUUCUUCAAUGUUAAUGAUCACAAUAUCAUCUCGAACCCGCUAGAUCGUGAGAACAAUACAUACUUGGCGUUUCUGGGAUCAGAGUUACUUGCAGAGAUUACCACCCCUUUGGUGGGUCCAUUGACAAAACUGACCACAAUCCAUUAUAAGCUUUCAACCCCUUCUUUCAAUCUUGAACUUCACACACCUCCAUGGCAUACGACUGCGGCAUUCAUGCGAGAGCUGAUGACAGUAGGGCAGCUGGGCCAGUUUGACGUUGGUGGGCUGUACACGUUUUUUGAUGUUAUUGAGGUAAACGCUCUGAACUACAUCGAGAUCAGAUGUCACAGUGACGACAUUAUGUUGAAGUUUUAUGGUUUUGUCAUCAAGUACCUCUUCCUUAUUCGCGAAAAUUAUUUCGGCGACUUUGUGCAUUUCAAAACCUUUGAGGAAUAUCUUCUGGAAUCACCUGAUGAACCCAAACCAACUGACGAUGACGACGACAUAGCAAAUAUUGAUUAUUGGAAGAUUCUCAAAACUGACAAUGACGUGGAUGUGUUUUUCACUUUCCAGGUUCGGCGAGGGAUCAUCAUCUUACCUGCCCACGUUUAUAACCUGAGUCACCAUGUUAGUCUCAUGUUUGAUACCCUCGAUGUUGACAUACGCUUUACGAAUUAUUACAUGGACCUUGAAGCUGAUUUUUCUCCGGUUUUCUGUCGUCUAGCUAAUAUGCCUUUCGAACUGUUUGAGAGGUACUUCAAAACAAUGCUGAAUCGUGCAUCACAAGGUGUAAUAGAUGGUCUUGGCAUCCACGCGCACCGUAUGUUUGGAAUACCUCCUGCUGAAAUAACCUACAACGCUAAAUGGGACUUUGAGGCAGGUCAGAUCACGAUAGACUCCGACCCGAAUUUCAUGAAACAAUUGAUCCAUGCCAUUAAGUGUACUGCCUUCGGCUUUUCUGAUAUGGAGAAUUCACUCAAUAUUCCAGAGCCUCCCGUUUAUGACGCCUUCAGUAUCACAUUUCAGUGCCCCGUGUUGAAGGUAGGCUUGAAAGUGUCUCAAGGUGGAAGACUUGUAACUACCGUGAAGCGUCUUUUAGUACUGUACAACGACUACCCCAAUAAUCGUUAUCUGGGUAGAGUCACUGUGCUCGCACCAGUUAUAGACCUUGAGGUCUACAACCCGGCAAAUUUCGUGGUUGGUGCUAUUACGACCCUGUUAACGCUCAACAACUUUGUUAUCAAACAUAAUGGUGCUAAGAGAUGGCAGUUGCAGCAGCGUCAUAUUCAGAAGAACGACGCCCCUUUCCAUCGCGAUCCCUUUUUACUUGCACCUCAAUAUCGUGAUAAACAGUAUCAGAUUGCCCAAGGUUGUUUUGCGACUCUGUUGACAUUACCUGAUGCCCAUGCACCACUUCGUUGUGGCCAAAAUGAUCUGAAUCUGCUGCAUGGAUCUCUAGUGAAUCUGGAAACCACCCUGUUACUGUCUUCAGAAGAUCCGACGAUUUGGCCGACUGCCAACUAUGAUGAAGAAGAAUUCACACCAGAGGAACCAACGGAGGCGGAGUUUGAAUAUGACAACAUCGUGGUAGAGGUUGGUAAUGUUGACGGCUUUUUUGGAUUGGUAGCUGCUAACAUUGUCGUCGAUGUUGCUGACAGUUGGUCGGCUAUGCGGUUAGAGUCAAUCAUGGACGAACUUCAGAUUAAAGUGGUCCUGCUGCUCAAACGUCUUAUGAAUGAACUCAAAGCCAUAAUCAAUGCUCGAGUUGUAGCAUCAAAGGUCAACUUACUCUAUGGAGAUUUUGCAGUCAAGGAUACGACAAAGGUUAAUCGUGACCUAGCGAUUGCCCAAAUUUCAAUCGAUGAAUUACUGGUGGCAGUUCUGCUGCGGCAAGAAAAAGAGGCUGGCCAGCAUUUGGUUGAGCGGGUUGAGCAUAUGUCAGCAGCAGGACACGUCAAGCGUGUGAGUAUCAAUGUGUUUGAGAAGAGCCAGAAAUUUUUCGAUUGUCUUGUUGAGGAUAUCGAAAUGUGGAUGACCCAACUGACAGGGUCGGAACCAGUCAUUCUGGCUCAUGUUGAGAACGUUGCAAUGAUGCUCGAAGAUAGCCACUGGCUAUACCUUAUCAAUUUGCUUGAAGAUACUAAAGCCAGAGUAAAGCCGCUUCAAUCAAGAUUAAAUGUUUUGAGUGAAAAGAAUCACGAUAUGCUUGCGAAGUUCGUGUACUUGCUCACAAAGGUACUGACAGACUAUGAGAUUGAUCACGAUCCCGGUGUGCUUACUAAACCCGCUUAUGUACUUCGGCUGCGGCCGGAGCAUGUUCGUUUCUUCGAUGGGUGGAAGUUGACUGCGCGCAUCCGACACCUCCUAGACCUGUUACCUGUUGAAUGGCGAUACCAACCUGACAUGUUUAGUGAACCAUUGCCUGCCAAUGCCUACGAAUUUGUUACGAAUGUUUUCUCGCGGUGGCGCAGUUGGGAAGCUGAUGAUGAUCAACGAAAAUUUUUCUUUGAUUUCGUUUUCAAUAGAGAGAUUAAACAACCAGAGCUGGGAUUAUUCUUUGAAGUGAAGUUGUCCGGUAUGUCAGCACAACUUCAGCGUGCUCUUGAAUUUGAUUUUGUUGCGAUUGAAAACCUCACCACAGUAAUGAAGCAACAAGAAGUUUAUCAGGCACCGUUGAAUAAGUUUGGAGUUGACCUUUUGGACGAAGCUACGACCUUUGAUGUCGUUCUUAACAUUGGUAGUGUUAAAGGUAAAAUGUCUCUGAUUGUAUUGAAUUUGUUACAGCUGCAGUUGAAAUCUAAUCGGAGUACAGAAAGAGACCAGAAACAAGAACCCGAAGUUGACCAUGCUAAAAUUUUGUCGCCUCUGUCAUCUAAAAGUCAGAACAUUUUUGUCCUGGCAGUAGUGGGGAUUGAUUACAGCUUGAACAUUAACCUACCAUUAACGUCUAUCGAUAUAUCUGGUGAUGUCAAUUCAGACAUAGAGGUUCUCCGACUUGAGACUAUACCAUUGCUUGCUCUGGUGGCAAUGCAGGGAAAUCUAGAUGUUGGGAUAUUUGCCGACGAUCACCAAUUUGCUCAUUUACGAUUUGCCGAAAGCGAAGUUGUUGGAGGCCUUUGCGGUGAUGAUGUAAAGGUUGUCGAAAUCUUAGUUGAAAAAAUCAAGCUUCAAGGGGGUCUUGAGGUGCAACAAGUGAAGAUGGUUCUUGAUGACGUCUCAUAUUUGAGAAGUAUUUUCGAAAGUGGGCAAGAUCCCGAUGAUGUUGGUAAGCAAUCGGAGGUUUCAUCGGAGCAAUCUCAAAGAGAAACUCAAAGCAUUCUGGAGAUUCACAUUUUGAAAAGCUUGGGAGAUAUCUCAUUGUCUAUUUCCGUAAGUCAAUUCGUUGCUGAGCCCCAGCUUGACCCACUAUUUGGUACAAUCAUUGUACGCGGCAUUGAAGCUGAUGUGCUGAUUCUUCCAGAAUUGUUGUCGGUGAAGGCUCUGAUGAUUGACAUGCGCACUCAGAUCAAGUUGCGAAAUGUGCAAGUCCUUUUCGUUGAGGUUCUGGGAAGCAAUUUUGUGUCUGAAAUUAUUCCUCUUGGAAAUGUUUUGACAGAUAUAAUGGCCAAUGCAAGGUUGCAAACCCGCGAAUGCAGGGUUGAGAUUCCCCAGUUGGUGAAUGCCUUGAAGGCUUUUAUCGUUAACCUGCCGAUUUUGGAGAGUAAGGCGAGUGAGUUGAAAGAAUUAUUCCCGACUGCUGAAAAGUCUACUGGAAAGGAGAUUUCGGAGCCAAAGCAAUCGAAGAAAAUCCAGCUUCCAUUGUUCAAGAUAUCCGUUAUCUGUACUUUAGUUUCCAUCCUGACUAUGGUAAAUGAUCUGAAAGUUCUGUUUGAGCUUCACGAUAACAAGAUUGCUGCUCUCAAUGUUGAGCAUAUGGAACAUGGCAUAGGCGAGGUACCCAUAUUUGGAGAAGCCGUUGUAAACAGUACUCGCCUUGUGCUUGAUAAUCGCGCAGUGAAUGUAAAUCAACUGAAUGUGCUUGAUGUGAACCUUAACAUGCGUGUAUUCAACCAUCUUGACGACAACUCCCAGGCUAUUCAGCUUAAGCUGCAGUGGUGUCGAGUUUGCCUUACUCUGACUCUGCUCACCAAAUUGUUGACUUGUGCUGAUGUGGCUAUGGCAGUUUGGAGUACGAAACCUCCCAGGCAAGCACCCACGAUUUCUGCAAACACUGAACAUGCUUCAAGUGGACACCUGAUAUUUGCACACUUUUCGCUGAUACAGAUUCUUGCUUACAAUUUCUGCCUUGGGUGGCUUUUCACCAAUUCGCGGAAGGACUAUCCAGGGGUAAAUAUGGGUGCCGAGCGGUUUUUUGCUAUUUUGGAUCGGGAAAUGGGCAAAUUCACACUUUUGCAUGCCUACAUCCUGGUAGCCAACGGUAAUCGUGCUUCAAACUUUUUCCUGACUGGCCUGGAAGUGCUGAGUCUCAAUAGAGCAUUUUUACCGCGCAUGCAAGUGAUCUAUCUGAUAGAAGAAGACGCAGAUGGCAAAGACAUGCGAGUCAUGGUGAUGGGUGACGCUGUUGAUAUAAAGUACUUGCUGAAUCUGAUCGUGAUUUUGGAACAAGCACUUGAACUGCUGAGUGAAGUUGAAAACUAUUUAUCGCUGCGUAAAAAGAGAACAGCACAUGCAGCACAUCCAGAACCAAUACCAGGACCGGCGCAUAGUCAUAAGCCCAUGUUCAAGCAAGUUGAGGUCACCGCCAAUUUUGAGGGCUCCAAAAUCUUGCUUUAUAGAAUUGAAGAUUGCGAGCCUGAACUGCCAGGACUGCUCUAUCUCAGUUCUCCUUCGGUACGGGUGGCGAUGUUGUACAAACAUCUCGAGAAUGCUUCUAAAUCUCAUGAGCUCAAACUUGAUGUGUUUACGAGUUCUAGCAGCAACAUUCUUCAUUCUCAAUGUGUUCCAAUUCUUUCGGACAUUGUCCUGGGUAUUCGUCGCAUGAUGCGUAAACAGAAUCCAUCACUCAUGCCACAACUGCCACGGCCCGAUCUGCCGCCCAUUACACCGCAUGUGACUCCUAGGCAACCAGCGCUGGAAACUUUUGACCUGUUCUCGCCCCCACCAUCGGGUGCCACGCAUUUACGUCGCGUGGUGCUGCAAAAAUCUGAGGCUCCUUCUCCAGCCCCUCCUCAAAAACAAGACGGAAUUAUGAAUUUCCUCUCACAGCUUGAUCUUCAUGUUGGAUUGCGUAUUCAACUGCAACGACUUACACUUUCUUGUGAACCUACAGUUAAAGUUGCAGCUGAAGUGGGAAUGGAGGGUAUUCAUUUCCAAGUGAAUCUGGGUAUCAAAGAUGGAAUUUCAAUGUUAGUGCUGCUGUUACUCGUCGAGGACGUCAGUGCACUGCUUCAACACGUGUAUCUGCGAGAGAUUCUGGCUAGGGUUGGUGUGAGAGCUUUUACUUGGCUGCUGGUGCUCGAGCUUGGUGAGACGGCUCUGAUUCUUCUGCUGGGAAAUUUAACUGAUGUGGAUGGCUACGUCAAUGUCAAACAAAUUCUGGACGUAGAGUUGUUCAAAGAUAUCUGGUUCCCUCGUGAUUGGGAUACGUCUGAUGAUGAUAAUGUUCUGGUAGCAGUUACCCCCAAGAUGAGUCAUCGCUUUGAAGAAGUUCUGACAACUAACGCUUUUCCAUGGGUUCUCACGCUCGUGCUUACCAAUUUGAAAGUCCUGGUUGAUUUCGGUUCCAAAUUAGGAGAUUUCUCCCUUGUUGUCAAUCAGGGUUGGGUUGUUCUGCGUAAGCUGGUUGAUUGGACGCAAGAUUUGAAGGCUGGAGUUGAUGAGAUUAGCCUAACGCUGGUUGGUCGACUUGGAUGUGUUUUUCGAGUGGAAGAGCUUAGCAUUCAUACAUCGAUAUCUUGGAAGUUAGAGGACGAAAUUGUUGAAGUACCUUUGGUUCUGGCCUCUGCUGGUGUUAGGCAUGUUGGAGCUAAAUUAUCAUUCGAUGAUCAUAUUUUUGCAAUGGCAGUCUUCGAGGAUUUGCUCAUUGAUGUGUUUAAUCAAAAGCUGGAAGUCACCAUUUCAAAAGAUCAUUUGCUGGUGCAAAUAGUGUGCCAUUCCGCUGAAAUUUUUGUGACUACCUUAACUGCAGCAAGCUUUAUGGACAUCCACAACACAGUGGACAGAAUGAUGCAAGAAAAGCGUACCAACUACAAGGAGACACUUAGAGAUGGCGUCAAACUGGGUAAUGGGACUAAGAAAAGUAGUGUACCUCAACUGGCUAUAUUGCAAACCGUCAAAAAGCUAGAGCUGUUUAUACAAAUUGUUGUGGGCCAUCUUGUGAUAUAUGUGUUCCCGUCGUCCUUCGAAGAUUCUAAAGUGUUGAUGGUCAAACUUGACAAGCUGAGGGCUCAAUUUAGCCAGAAUGAAUACCAAGCCGGUACUACUGAUGAGUUGGAGCUCAAAUUCAAUGAUUUGAGAAUUUCACUUUCGAAGAUUCCACCCAGUUCGAAUGAAUUCGUUCAAGUUUGUACAGUGUUGGAAUUCAGCGAGGUAGCUCAUAAGGCUUCGGGUGGGGGAAUUUUUGCUUUCCCGAGUUUCAGGGUGUCUAUGCGCCUGUUCCAAAAAUAUGACGAUAAUGUUGUGGAAUAUCUUUAUCAAUCUCUGUUUGGCGGUACUGUCGACAUCAAGUGGAAUUUGGGUCUGGUGAACUUCAUUCGUGAGAUGUAUAUGAUCCACAAGCGGGCGCUUGAUCUGCGGCGUGGCCUUGUUGAUGGAGCUGGUUUAUCUACCAGGCCAUUCCCUGAAUCGCCCCUGCUGGUCAAUAAAGAGAUUGAAAAUGCGAUUGAUUCGAGCAUAACGAAGGUUGAACGCUCGCUGCAAUUCAUAUACAAACCUUUGGCUCCUCCUAUCAUAGAGGCUCCUCAGUUGAAGGAGCUUGGGAACGCUACUCCCCCACUUGAAUGGUUUGGCUUGCAUCGAAACAAUUUUCCCGAUGUUACGCAUCAAGUUGUAAUUGUUGGUCUUCAGCGUGUUACGCACGAGGUGGAGUCGCAAUACACAAAGUUAUUAGGCAAGGCCUAA